AUGGUAUGUAGUGGAAAAAAGGAGGAGGAGCGAGGGGGGAGGAGGAGGAGGAGGAGGAGGGAGGGAGGAAGGGAUGGAGGAAGAGGAGGAGGGAGGAAGGGAUGGAGGAGGAGGAGGAGGAGGAGGGAGGAAGGGAUGGAGGAGGAGGAGGAGGAGGAGGAGGAGGAGGAGUGGGUAGUAGUACUGUAUGUAUUUGUAUUAAUUAGGGAUCCCCCAUCAUACAGUACCACUACCUAACCCUAACCCACUCCUCCUCUUUUUCUCUACUACACAUAUACAGGCUGCAUGGGUUUGGUAAGCAAAGUUGCAUGGAUGGAGGGAGGGGGAAACGAAAGCUGUGAUUCAUCAGACUCCUUGUGCCAAAGUGCUCUUUUUAUAGACAACCUUACAAAGGACUCAUUGAGGGACUCAUCUCCUCUAGCAUUACCUUGUCCUUCAAAAUGUGUUCAAACAGGGAAUAGAGUACCCCCAAUGAGUUUUUACAGGCUACAUUGCCUAGUUAGUAGAACCAUAUGAGGGUAUUCUCUCAGAGUACAGUUUAUGCCAGUUAAUGUUCUGUUGCACUUUCUCCAUAAAAACAAUAUUGGCUAUUUGUUUGCGCUCUCAUAAAUUUCCCUCUCAACCUGUCAUUUUCAUUUUCUAAUUAUGGGGCGACACCAUAAAUCGUCAAAUCGUUUUACACUUUCCGCCAUAUCUAUAAGUUCGUUUUAGCGUUAACAUUUUAAUAUAGAAAUGUCUUAGACUUACAUACUGUAUUUCUUUAUUCCACUCUGCUCUGUAGUCACGUUGUUUCACGAGUUGAAGCCUGCUGCCUGUAUUUCAUGCAUCAGUGUGUAUGGGGAGUCGUAUUUUAGCAACGCAAAGAACACAUCAAAGCUGCUCCAUGGAGCUGCAGUAAAUCUCAGGCACUUGGAAGGUACCUCGUUCGUUACAUCAUCUACGCUGCCAAUAAAGUUUAAUUAGAUAGAACUGCAUGCGGUUCCUGUUGGAAUGGAAAUAAAUACUCUUGUGUAGUCCACAUGAACCAAAGCCACUCUCUUCUCUCUUCCCUGUAUAGUCAUCCCAGACCUGUGAAUGGAUCUAUCAUGGAUCAACUUCCAGCUCUCUCCCCACUCUCGCCAUAGUCUUUACUCCUUGGGAAGACAUUUAGAGAUGAUUUUCUUUCUUUAGCAUUGCAGAUUUUAUUUAAACUACAAAUCCUCCAUACGCUGAAAUAUCCAUGGGAGCCAAAUAUCUGGAAAAUUAUGCUUUGUAGAAGAAAACCAUGGUUAUGUUUAUUAUCAUGUUACUAUAAUGGUUAUGGUUAUUAUUAUGUUUAUUAUUAUAUUACCAUAAUGGUUAUGGUUAUUAUAAUGUGUAUUAUUAUAUUACUAUUAUGUUAUGUUAUUAUUAUGUUUAUUAUUCUAUAUAUAUUAUGGUUAUGGCUAACGGGUGUCCAUUUGACAUUACCAUAUUCCUGAGGGGACCUGAUACUAUCCUGAUACUGUUCCGAUACUAUCCUGAUACUAUCCUGAUACUAUCCGGAUACUAUACUGAUACUGUUCCGAUACUAUCCUGAUACUAUCCGGAUACUAUCCUGAUACUGUUCUGAUACUAUCCUGAUACUAUUCUGAUACUGUUCUGAUACUCUCCUGAUACUGGAUGUGUCCAAGAUGGCGUAGUAGUGCAGUCCUGUUUUUGUCGUGUGUCUGUAAAUAGCCUGUAAAUACCCUGUUUUUUUUGUAUUUUUCGUACAUAUUUCCCUAUCAGACUUUUCAUCCUUCUACAAAAUAUACUUUCCUGCAACCCGCCUCACUCAAUGUGGAACGGAUUAUAUUAUUGACUUACCUUUUAUCUAGAAUCUCCAGUUGAAACUAGCUAGCCAGCUAACUAGCUACUUGCUAUUAGCCACAGUUAGCGGUAUUUCACCCAGAACAUUGGAUUUUCUGCGGGAAUAAUUUAAUCACUGGACAUUAAUCACCGGAUCGCAACUAGCUAGCCGCAACCGAAUGGAUGUUGCUGUCUGGCUAAUUCACCACUGCCCCCGAUGCAAGCACCAGUUAGCCUCGAGCUAGCCUAGAGCCAGGCUCAUAUCUACCUCUAGGUCUACCGGACGGGAGUAGCCAGCUAACUAGCUACUUGCUAUCAGCUACCGUUAGCGUUUUUUUCACCAUUGUCCGUGGCCUGCACCACCCACCAGCCAGCUCUAGUCUGGACUAUUAUUCGGCCAGUCUGCACUGUCUGCACAGCGCGUUAUCGACCCAGAACAUAUCAGUUCUUCUGCCGGAAUCACUGAAUCACUGGACCUUUAACUCCGGAUUCAUCGCUACCAGCUAGCUGCAACAAAAUGGACGUUGUGGUCUGGCUAAUCAUCCUGAGCUAGGCCCAUCUCCCGGCUAUCUACCUCUACGUCAAACGGACGGGACCACCUAGUGUUGACACGGAGCCCCGCCGAUCCUACACGACUGGUCUGCCGACGAAAUCGUCUGAUGUGAUUACAACAGGCUUCCCGUUACCACGUCGACCACGAAGAUUCCAUCUGCUAGCCCCGGCCCGCUAGCACACGCUAGUGCUUUAGCAGCCCCCGAACUAUCCUAUUGCUGUUCACCGGACCUUAUGAUAACUCAGCUAUACAGCUGAUGCCUGCUGGACUGUUCCUUUUUACGGUACCGCAUCCUGUUUAUGUUUAGCCUCAGCCCAAACUGUGUCGUCAUUACCAGCUGUUGUCUUAGCUCUCUCAAAUUACACCGUGAUUGCUUUAUGCCUCUCUCCCAUCUCAAUAUGGUUAGCUUAUUGUUGUUUCGGUUAUUUCUAAUUGUACUAUUUCACUGUAGAUCCCCCAGCCCAGCUAAACCUGCCUUAGAUAGCUCCUUUGUCCCACCCCCCAUACACGCGGAGACCGACUCAAUUGGUGCCUCCAGUGAUGCUAUCUCUUUCAUUGUUACCCAACGCUUAGGUUUACCUCCACUUUACUCAUAUCCUUCCAUAUCGUUGUCUGUACAUAAUGCCCUGAAUCUUUUCUACAACGCCCGGAAAUCUGCCCCCUUCAUUCUAUGUACCCAACGCACUAGAAGACCAGUUCUUAAAGCCUUUAGCCGUAUCCUUAUUCUAGUCCUCCUCUGUUCCUCCGGUGAUGUAGAGGCUAACCCAGGCCCUGCAGCCCUCAGUAUCACUUCUACUCCCCAGGCGCUAUCAUUUGCUGACUUCUGUAAUCGCAAAAGCCUUGGUUUCCUGCAUGUAAAUAUCAGAAGUCUACUUCCUAAGUUUGAGUUAUUCACUGCGUUAGCACACUCCGCCAACCCUGAUGUUCUAGCAGUGUCUGAAUCCUGGCUUAGGAAGGCCACCAAAAAUUCUGAAAUUUCCAUCCCCAACUAUAACAUUUUCCGUCUAGAUAGAACUGCCAAAGGGGGUGGAGUUGCAAUCUACUGUAGAGAUAGCCUGCAGAGCUCUAUCAUACUAUCCAGGUCUGUGCCCAAACAGUUUGAGCUUCUACUUCUAAAAAUCCACCUUUCCAGAAAUAAGUCUCUCACUGUUGCUGCUUGCUACAGACCCCCCUCAGCCCCCAGCUGUGCCCUGGACACCAUAUGUGAAUUGAUUGCCCCCCAUUUAUCCUCAGAGUUCGUACUGCUUGGUGACCUAAAUUGGGAUAUGCUUAAUACCCCGGCCAUCCUACAAUCCAAACUAGAUGCCCUCAAUCUCACGCAAAUUAUCAACGAACCUACCAGGUACAACCCUAAAUCCGUAACCAUGGGUACCCUCAUAGAUAUCAUCCUGAUUAACUUACCCUCUAAAUACACCUCCGCUGUCUUCAACCAGGAUCUCACCGAUCACUGCCUUAUUGCCUGCGUCCGUAACGGGUCCACGGUCAAACGACCACCCCUCAUCACUGUCAAACGCUCCCUAAAACACUUUAGCGAGCAGGCCUUCCUAAUUGACCUGGCCCAGGUAUCCUGGAUGGAUAUAGAUCUCAUUCUGUCAGUAGAGGAUGCCUGGUUGUUCUUUAAAAGUAAUUUCCUCUCAAUCUUAAAUAAACAUGCCCCAUUCAAAAAAUACAGAACUAAGAACAGAUAUAGCCCCUGGUUCUCCUCAGACUUGACUGCCCUUGACCAGCACAAAAACAUCCUGUGGCGUACUGCAUUAGCAUCAAAUAGCCCCCGCGAUAUGCAACUUUUCAGGGAAGUUAGGAACCAAUAUACACAAGCAGUCAGGAAAGCAAAGACUAACUUUUUCAAACAGAAAUUUGCAUCCUGUAGCACUAACUCCAAAAAGUUUUGGGACACUGUAAAGUCCAUGGAGAAUAAGAGCACUUCCUCCCAGCUGCCCACUGCACUGAGGCUAGGAAACACUAUCACCACCGAUAAAUCUACAAUAAUCGAGAAUUUCAACAAGCAUUUUGCUACGGCUGGCCAUGCUUUCCACCUGGCUACCACUACCCCGGCCACCAACUCUGCACCCUCCGCUGCAACUUGCCCAUGCCCCCCCCCCCCCCGCUUCUCCUUCACACAAAUUCAGACAGCUGAUGUUCUGAAAGAGCUGCAAAAUAUGGACCCCUACAAAUCAGCUGGGCUAGACAAUCUGGACCCUUUCUUUCUAAAACUAGCCGCCGAAAUUGUCGCAACCCCUAUUACUAGCCUGUUCAACCUCUCUUUCGUAACGUCUGAGAUCCCCAGAGAUUGGAAAGCUGCCGCGGUCAUCCCCCUCUUCAAAGGGGGUGACACUCUAGAUCCAAACUGUUACAGACCUAUAUCCAUCCUGCCCUGCCUUUCGAAAGUAUUUGAAAGCCAAGUUAACAAACAGAUCACCGACCAUUUCGAAUCCCACCGUACCUUCUCCGCUAUGCAAUCCGGUUUCCGAGCUGGUCAUGGGGUGCACUUCAGCCACGCUCAAGGUCCUAAACGAUAUUAUAACCGCGAUCGAUAAUAGACAGUACUGUGCAGCCGUCUUCAUCGACCUGGCCAAGGCUUUCGACUCUGUCAACCACCGCAUUCUUAUUGGCAGACUAAAUAGCCUUGGUUUCUCAAAUGACUGCCUCGCCUGGUUCACCAACUACUUCUCAGAUAGAGUUCAGUGUGUCAAAUCGGAGGGCCUGUUGUCUGGACCUAUGGCAGUCUCUAUGGGGGUGCCACAGGGUUCAAUUCUUGGGCCGACUCUUUUCUCCGUGUAUAUCAAUGAUGUCGCUCUUGCUGCUGGUGACUCUCAGAUCCACCUCUACGCAGACGACACCAUUUUGUAUACAUCUGGCCCUUCAUUGGACACUGUGUUAACAAACCUCCAAACGAGCUUCAAUGCCAUACAACACUCCUUCAGUAGCCUCCAACUGCUCUUAAACACUAGUAAAACUAAAUGCAUGCUCUUCAAUCGAACGCUGCUGGCACCCGCCCACCCGACUAGAAUCACCACUCUCGACGGGUCUGACCUAGAGUAUGUGGACAACUACAAAUACCUAGGUGUCUGGUUAGACUGUAAACUCUCCUUCCAGACUCACAUUAAGAAUCUCCAAUCCAAAGUUAAAUCUAGAAUCGGCUUCCUAUUUCGCAACAAAGCCUCCUUCACUCAUGCUGCCAAACAUGCCCUCGUAAAACUGACUAUCCUACCGAUCCUUGACUUCGGCGAUGUCAUUUACAAAAUAGCCUCCAACACUCUACUCAGCAAACUGGAUGUAGUCUAUCACAGUGCCAUCCGUUUUGUCUCCAAAGCCCCAUACACUACCCACCACUGUGACCUGUACGCUCUUGUUGGCUGGUCCUCACUACAUGUUCGUCGCCAAACCCACUGGCUCCAGGCCAUCUAUAAAUCACUGCUAGGCAAAUCCCCGCCUUAUCUUAGCUCAUUGGUCACCAUAGCAGCACCCACCCGUAGUCUGCGCUCCAGCAGGUAUAUCUCACUGGUCAUUCCCAAAGCCAACACCUCCUUUGGCCGCCAUUCCUUCCAGUUCUCUGCUGCCAAUGACUGGAACGAAUUGCAAAAAUCUCUGAAGCUGGAGACUCUUAUCUCCCUCACUAACUUUAAGCAUCAGUUGUCAGAGCACCUUACCGAUCACUGCACCUGUACACAGCCCAUCUGAAAUUAGCCCACCCAACUACCUCAUCCCUAUAUUGUUAUUUAUUUUGCUCUUUUGCACCCCAGUAUCUCUAUUUGCACAUAAUCUCUUGCACAUCUAGCAUUCCAGUGUUAAUACUAAUUGUAAAUAUUUUGCACUAUAGCCUAUUUAUUGCCUUACCUCCAUAACUUGCUACAUUUGCACACACUGUAUAUAUAUUUUCUGUUGUAUUUUUUGACUUUAUGUUUUUUACCCCAUAUGUAAUUUUGUGUUGUUGUUUUUAUCGCACUACUAUGCUUUAUCUUGGCCAGGUCGCAGUUGUAAAUGAGAACUUGUUCUCAACUGGCUUACCUGGUUAAAUAAAGGUGAAAUAAAAAAUUAAAUAAAAUACUAUUCUGAUACUGUUCUGAUACUAUCCUGAUACUAUCCUGAUACUGUUCUGCUACUAUCCUGAUACUAUUCUGAUACUAUCCUAAUACUAUUCUGAUACUGUUCUGAUACUGUUCUGAUACUAUCCUGAUACUAUUCUGAUACUGUUCUGAUACUAUUCUGAUACUGUUCUGAUACUAUCCUGAUACUAUUCUGAUACUAUUCUGAUACUGUCCUGAUACUAUCCUGAUACUAUCCUGAUACUGUUCUGAUACUAUUCUGAUACUGUUCUGAUACUAUCCUGAUACUAUUCUGAUACAAUCCUGAUACUAUUCUGAUACUCUUCUGAUACUAUCCUGAUACUAUUCUGAUACUGUCCUGAUACUAUUCUGAAACUGUCCUGAUACUAUUCUGAUACUAUUCUGAUACUGUUCUUACUGUAAUCAGGUUGCAUUAACCUCAAUGGUUGCAUUCCAAAUGGCACCCUAUUCCCUUUAUAGUGCAUUAUGUACUACUUAUGACCAGGGCCCAUAGGGCUCAGGGUGCCAUUUGGGACACAACCUAUAGCUGAUGCUUAUGUUGAGGAGCUGGUGGAUAACCUCAAUGAACCACAGUCCCAUUCCUGUACUCUGCACCUCCUAUCCCCCUUUCCCAAAACUCCCAGGUUUUCCAGAGAUCCAGAUUGGAAUAUUACAGGAAUCAGGAGGGAAUAAGCAGGACAUCUGAAUUUCUCCAACCAGGAUAUCUGGAAAACCUUUUGUAACCCUACACUGCACAUAGGAAAGCAGACAAGAGCAGACCAUAAACCAGGGUGAUAGCCCAGCCCGUGGACGUGAUGGGGCAAAGAUAAUUCCAGGCAGAAACAUCGAUAUUGAAACAAACAAUUCAAAAAAUCAACUUGCAAUAGAGCAUGCAAUAGAGCAUGCUGGGAAAUAUGAUAAUGAUAUGUAUGGUUUUGGUUCAACGUGAUGUGUAUGAGUUUUAGGCCUCAGUAUUAGGGUAAAACUAGGCCCUCAAAAUAAGGCCUUAUGACAUACGUAUGGUAUUGUGUUAAAUACAGUAUAUAUAUUUUUUACAAUAACAUAUUUGCUUAGGAUCUCACUUGGUGAUGUCACGUAUACUUCCUCUCCGGUGCUCGAGGUCGCCAGUCUGCUGAUUAUUACGCACACCUGUCACCAUCGUUACGCGCACCUGCGCCUCAUGAGACUCACUUGGACUCAAUCACCUUCCUGAUUACCUCCCCUAUAUAUGUCACUCCCUUUGGUUCCUUCCCCAGGCGUUAUUGAUUCUGUUUCAGUGUUUCAUGUCUGUAGGCUACUCGUGUUUCUUGUUUUGUUCUAUGUAUUAUUUAUUGUUAAAUUCACUCCCUGUACUUGCUUCCCUACUCCCAGCAUACACGUUACAGGUGAAGUCCAUAAGACCGAAAAUGAAUGAAUGUGUCACGUACAGUGGGGAAAAAAAGUAUUUAGUCAGCCACCAAUUGUGCAAGUUCUCCCACUUAAAAAGAUGAGAGAGGCCUGUAAUUUUCAUCAUAGGUACACGUCAACUAUGACAGACAAAUUGAGGAAGAAAAAACCAGAAAAUCACAUUGUAGGAUUUUUAAUGAAUUUAUUUGCAAAUUAUGGUGGAAAAUAAGUAUUUGGUCACCUACAAACAAGCAAGAUUUCUGGCUCUCACAGACCUGUAACUUCUUCUUUAAGAGGCUCCUCUGUCCUCCACUCGUUACCUGUAUUAAUGGCACCUGUUUGUACUUGUUAUCAGUAUAAAAGACACCUGUCCACAACCUCAAACAGUCACACUCCAAACUCCACUAUGGCCAAGACCAAAGAGCUGUCAAAGGACACCAGAAACAAAAUUGUAGACCUGCACCAGGCUGGGAAGACUGAAUCUGCAAUAGGUAAGCAGCUUGGUUUGAAGAAAUCAACUGUGGGAGCAAUUAUUAGGUAAUGGAAGACAUACAAGACCACUGAUAAUAUCCCUCGAUCUGGGGCUCCAUGCAAGAUCUCACCCCUUGGGGUCAAAAUGAUCACAAGAACGGUGAGCAAAAAUCCCAGAACCACACGGGGGACCUAGUGAAUGACCUGCAGAGAGCUGGGACCAAAGUAACAAAGCCUACCAUCAGUAACACACUACGCCGCUAAGGACUCAAAUCCUGCAGUACAAGACGUGUCCCCCUGCUUAAGCCAGUACAUGUCCAGGCCCGUCUGAAGUUUGCUAGAGUGCAUUUGGAUGAUCCAGAAGAGGAUUGGGAGAAUGUCAUAUGGUCAAAUGAAACCAAAAUAUAACUUUUUGGUAAAAACUCAACUCGUCGUGUUUGGAGGACAAAGAAUGCUGAGUUGCAUCCAAAGAACACCAUACGUACUGUGAAGCAUGGGGGUGGAAACAUCAUGCUUUGGGGCUGUUUUUCUGCAAAGGGACCAGGACGACUGAUCCGUGUAAAGGAAAGAAUGAAUGGGGCCAUGUAUCGUGAGAUUUUUAGUGAAAACCUCCUUCCAUCAGCAAGGGCAUUGAAGAUGAAACGUGGCUGGGUCUUUCAGCAUGACAAUGAUCCCAAACACACCGCCCGGGCAACGAAGGAGUGGCUUCGUAAGAAGCAUUUCAAGGUCCUGGAAUGGCCUAGCCAGUCUCCAGAUCUCAACCCCAUAGAAAAUCUUUGGAGGGAGUUGAAAGUCCGUGUUGCCCAGCGACAGCCCCAAAACAUCACUGCUCUAGAGGAGAUCUGCAUGGAGGAAUGGGCCAAAAUACCAGCAACAGUGUGUGAAAACCUUGUGAAGACUUACAGAAAACGUUUGACCUGUGUCAUUGCCAACAAAGGGUAUAUAACAAAGUAUUGAGAAACUUUUUUUAUUGACCAAAUACUUAUUUUCCACCAUAAUUUGCAAAUAAAUUCAUUAAAAAUCCUACAAUGUGAUUUUCUGGAAAAUAUUUUCUCAUUUUGUCUGUCAUAGUUGACGUGUACCUAUGAUGAAAAUUACAGGCCUCUCUCAUCUUUUUAAGUGGGAGAACUUGCACAAUUGGUGGCUGACUAAAUACAUUUUUUUCCCCACUGUAUAAUGACAGGAAGACAGGCGCAGGAAUACGUAUUAGGGGUUUUAUUUCUCCACCCAAUACAAGGUACGUCAUAAAAACUACGUGGACGAUGCCCAUAACAACCACAGGGCUGUAACCCAAAAAAAAGAGCGAUGUGUAAACCUCUAAAUACAUACACAGGACGAGACCCUUAAUACCAAGAGCACAAUACACAGUACUCACGAGACCAAUGGACAUGGGACAAUAAUUGACAAGGACAAUGGGGAACAGAGGGCACAUAUAUACACAUACUAAUCAAGGGGAAUGGGAACCAGGUGUGCGUAAUGAGACAAGACAGUCCGCGGUUGGUGGUAAUGAACCAGGUCAGUGACGCCUGGAAGGCCUGAGACAUAGACCGACGAAGCUGGUGAAUGGAAUGAGCAGCAGUACCGGGAGGAUCCGUGACAGAAUGCAACAACCAUGUCUCUGUCACUAACAAGUACAGUCAUGGGCGGUAACUCUUACGAUUCACUCGAACGGCAAAGCACUCUGGGAAAUUUUUAAUAAGGCUGUGUGUUAAUUUAACACUGUUCAGGUGUCUAUAUGGGUCCACAGACUCUACACUAUCAGUGUUAAUUUAACACUCUCAGUAUAUAUAUAUAUAUAUAUAUAUAUAUAUAUAUAUAUAUAUAUAUAUAUAUAUAUUUAUAUAUUUUUUUUUAAAAUGGAGAACCAGCUGUGUGUAAGUGUGCUGCCUCACACUGACUCUGAGAGGAUUGGGGUCAGGUGUCGGUCAAUGUUGGGGGUGCAAGGUGAAUGUCAGAACACAGGAGAGCCUGCCCCCAUCAACCACCCCUGCCCCCAUCAACCACCUCCUGCUUGUGUUGGCUUACUUCCUGCCUCUCUAUCUGGCACCACCGCAGCCCUGACAUUGUGACAUGAGGCUGCCAGGUUAGAGUCACUCAGGAUGCUCAGUAUCUGCGCCCUGAAGGGCAGGAGAGGCACCAUAAACCAUGGAGGGACACAACAAGGCUUCAAGGUGAAAGUUCUCUGUGUAUGACAGUUCAGUAUGGUAGUUGGUGGCAUCUUAAUUGGGGAGGACGGGUCUCAUAUACAUCAAACACAUGGUUUCCAUGUUAUUGAUGCCCUUCCACUCGCUCCGUUCCAGCCAUUAUUAUGAGCCGUCCUCCCCUCAGCAGCCUCCUGUGGUGAAUAAAUCUUGGCAAAACGUGAAAGAUUUUUAACACAUUUAGGUGUCAUAGUGGAACCAAAAAGUCACUGCCCAAAUCAAAUUUGGUCGUUUUUUUUGGUUGAAACCAAAUCCUCUGUAUUCAGACUGGAUAUUGACAUCUAUACAAAUAUCUUAACUUUCCCAGUAUCAGUGCAAGAGGAAAAUCUUGGAGAGAAGCGUAAGGGCGCAGUGAAGUCAUCCAGUACACUGUCUGACAGCUGGCAUCUCUCAGAAGCACUCUCACUCUGAGAAACACAUCUCUCUAGUGGCAUCUCAGAUGCCUCGUCUCCUUCAGCUGCAUGGAGGUUAAACGGAGCAUGAUUGUUUACCUGCCUGUUUGUGAGGCAGAAGAACAGUGCUGCCCAUCACAUUAGGAAAGUAACAAGUUUGGUGGCGGAGGACGGCUGUGUGGAGCCGAGGCCUAUCUGCUUUAUAAAGGGAGUAGGCCUAACACCCCUCCUCUCCUCCUCUCCUCCUCUCAUCCUCUCCUCCUCUCAUCCUUCCAUCCUCCUUAUUUUGACCAGCCAUGGGACCUGACAGAGGCUGAGCCCGCCUCCUACCCCUAGCACAGCUCAGUCACAUUUUACAUUACAUUACAUUUUAGUCAUUUAGCAGAUGCUCUUAUCCAGAGCGACUUACAGAAGCAAUUAGGGUUAAGUGCCUUGCUCAAGGGCACAUCGACUGAUUUUUCACCUAGUCGGCUCGGGGAUUAGAACCAGCGACCUUUCGGUUACUGGCACAACGCUCUUAACCACUAAGCUACCUGCCGCAGUUAACUGCAUCUGCCAUGGGAGCAGCGCAGGCAGGCCACUUUGUCAGCACACACACACACACACACACACACACACACACACACACACACACACACACACACACACACACACACACACACACACACACACACACACACACACACACACACACACACACACACACACACACACACACACACACACACACACACACACACACACACACACAAACACCCUGGGCUUUAAGCAGAGCCGCACCAGCAGAGAGAUAGAGAGAGCUAGGAUGAAUAAUUGAAGUGUGCAUUCUGUACUUUAAAUAAUUUUAAAGCUGUAUUCUGCAGAGGCUCUAAAUGGCUGGGAGAAGGAGACAUUAAUGAUUCAUGGGCUGCUUUUAUCUGCUUUGGUUCAGGUCACUGUCCUGAAGGCGCUCGGGGCAGCGGAGGAGAGGCGAGGGGGGAGAGGGGAGGGGGAGACAGAGAAGAAAGUCAGGAAAGGUGGUGUGUCUUGGCCAAAUAGAUUGUGUGAAAAACGGGCCCACACAGAUUAGGAAAUAUUGCCAAAGAAAACGUUAAAGCAAAUAUUAUGUCUGAGCUGCCUUCCCAGUUGAACUUUUUUGCUGUAAGUAUUUGAGGUGGGAUUUAUGGGUAUUCUUUCAUCACUGGGAUUUAAUUUCCCAGCCUGUGUCCCAAAUGGCACCCUGUUCCCUACAUAGUGCACUAGUUUUGACCAGAGCCCUAUGGGCCACGGUCUAAAGUAGUGCACUAUAUAGGGAAUAGGAUGUCAUUGUGGAGACAGCCCUUGAGUCCAACAGGACCACUGUUGCUGUGACUACUAUGUCUCUGCUAUGGUCUGUUCACUCAUCUGCAGCUGUUUAGAAGGCGCCCUGAAACAUAAGGUUUCUCUUUUCCAAAUCAAGUGUCCGAUAAAUGUGAUAUUAAAGGUGAAGAAAAAAAAUCAAUAAUCACAAUAUUAUGCGGUCUGAUACUAACACUUUUAAUUUUUCAAUAUCUACUGAAUAACAAACAGGGAAUAUGUCCAGGCUGCAAUUAAUCAAAUUGUGGUUCUAAAAUACUCUAUUUGAUGACGUUCCAGAUUCAGAUUCAGAUAAGCUUUAUAAACAUGUUGUUCCACUGUUGCUUGUCACGAAUGAAGGAUGCAUUUUUUUCUGCUGAGGAAAGUUUGUUAACGCUGUUGUUUUUUACUAGCGAUACAGUACAUUCAGAGCUGGCUCCAAGCAUAAGAGACAAAAGCUUUUUGGAGAACUCAGUCGGGUCUCAAUGUACUUUUGAGAGUAAGAAUAGUAGAAUACGUCAGGUGCAAUUUAGAAAUGUGGUUGUACAUAAUUCGGCAGGUUUUCUCUUGUUAUGUCAGUCACUGACAGUCACUCAAUUAAACAUGUCAGCUAACAAUUUUUAGAUUGAUAGUUAGUCUAGCCAGGUAUCUAAAUUUGUAGUAAUCUUGGCCAAAUACUGACCGGGCACGUGCCCAGGGCCCUGACCUCCACAGGGCCCCCAUUGAUUUUGUUAGUCAUUCUCACUCAGAUGUUAGAUUAACAUGGUUUAAGUCAUGGCUAAAUGUGUAGAAGUGCAGGAAAUUAGCUUUAAAACUGCAAAGAUUUAUCUCCACCCCAUGGCAAAAUGGAUAGAAUAGGAGGAAAUUAGCUGUAAAACUGCUACAAUUUCUCUCCGCUCAAUGGCAAAAUGUGUAGAAUUAAAGGAAAUUAAUUUUUAAAAGUUGUUUUCUCUCCGCCGUCAACUGUCAAUACUCUCCCACACACUACACAACUGUCAAUACUCUCCCACACACUACACAACUGUCAAUACUCUCCCACACACUACACAACUGUCAAUACUCUCCCACAAACUACACAACUGUCAAUACUCUCAGACGCACUACACAAUUAUCAAUGCUUUCUGACGCACUACACAACUAUCAAUACUCUCAGAGAAGUGGUUAAGUGUAGAUGUGAUGAUGUACAUUUGGCCCCUGCUUUUCUGGCUGGUAAUCAAGCUUGCCGACACUGUAGCCACAUGAUAAAGAAAAUGUGUUAGAUGUGUUUUGUUUUGUGUUUUCUCAGUCUCACAUGUCUGUUGUAUUUCGAGCUGUUCUUGUCAAAGUUUAUACAUAUGUCUGACGGUCAGUCAAGAAUUGUCUUCUCAAUGUAUCCCUCUCCUCUCUUCAGGGAGCUGAUGCCCAAGACCCUGGAGGGCCAGAUCACCAUGGAGAAGACCCCCAGCUACUUCGUGACCAGAGAGGCCCCGGCCCGGAUCUCCGCCAUGUCCCGGGACACCAAGCUGAUCGUGGUGGUGAGGGACCCCGUCACCAGGGCCAUCUCUGACUACACACAGACGUUGUCCAAGAAGCCCAACAUUCCCACCUUCGAGAGCCUGACCUUCAGAAACAGGACUACGGGGCUAAUCGACACGUCCUGGAGCGCCAUCCAGAUUGGCAUCUAUGCCAAGCACCUGGACAACUGGCUGCAGUACUUCCCCAUGAGCCAGAUCCUGUUUGUGAGCGGUGAGCGUCUGAUCAGCGACCCAGCCGGAGAGCUGGGCCGGGUCCAGGACUUCCUGGGGCUCAAGAGGAUCAUCACAGACAAACACUUCUACUUCAACCAGACCAAGGGCUUCCCCUGCCUCAAGAAAGCUGAGGGCAGCAGCAAGCCCCACUGCCUGGGAAAAACCAAAGGGCGGACCCACCCCAACAUCCACCCAGAGGUGGUGCAGAGGCUACAGGACUUCUACAGGCCUUUCAACAUG